CUACCAACCUACCAACCUACCUCUCUACUUCCGUACCUCCCUACCUCCCUAUCUCCCUACAACCCUACCUCCGUACCUCCGUACCUCCCUAUCUCCCUACCACCCUACCUCCGUACCACCCUACCUCCCUACCUUCCCUCCUCCUAG